GUCACUUAUUAAAAAUGAUGGUUUCAGAGGUUGCAGUCCCUGGCUCAGGUUAUCCCCAAGUUGCUUAAUGCUGGAAGCCAGGAAGGGUUUAGCAGUGCAAGGAUCAACCUUUGCUUGCCUUAUUCUUUCCCUUUGUAUAAGCAAGUAGCCACCUAGUAUGAUAGGAGUAAAUGGAUCUUUGUGUGAUUCUUUAUGAAGCUUCUGUACAUUGCUGUCAUGCUGUGCGGGAGUGGUUAAAACCUGGAACGCAGGUUUGAACCCUGCCUCUGCAUCACAAUGUACUUAACUUUCUCUGCCCAACUUAACUUUGCUUUGCCCAAAGAGAGCAUGCUGGGUUAUUACUUUUUAAAUUGUAUUAGUUUUCUAGGAUUACUAAUACAGUGAUACAUUUUUGGGGGCUUAUUUUCAUAAGCAGGAUAUGAACUGAAAUAAGUAUGGUAUUUUUACAUGUUUCCCUUUAGAUUAGAAAACUAUCUUAAAUUUGUCUUUGCUUGAUGGCUAGUAGGAUAGAUCUUUCAAGGAUCUAGGUUAGUCCAGCUCUGGUGACAUACUUGCUAAGCACCCUAUUGUGAAAAAAGGACCCAAUGCUAUUUUGAAAAUUUGAUAUUUAUUUUUUCCUAACAACUUUGGUUAUCUUCUGAGAUCGAUUAUUGCUUGUUAUUUCCAGUGAAUGAUCAAUAAAUUAACACUCCCAAGUAUGUCUUACUCAUUCACUUACUUUCAAUCCAAAGACUUUAACACUGCUGUCUUUUAGUCUACUGGCCUAGACCUCAACUGAAAAGUCUCAAAUUAGCUUUGAUUUUCUUCAGUGUAUUUCUAUGGCAGGGUGGAUAUGUUCUGCACUGUACAUGUAGUCAUAUCAAUAAACUGUUAAGGCUGGGGGAACCAGUUGGAACACCUGUCACAAAAAUUCGUAACUGGCCCGUGCCAACCGAGGAGAGAGGCUAGGACGCAAAGUAUUGAAUUAUAAGGGUAAAUAUUCAUGCGCAUGAAGUGUCCCAGCCAAAUUGGGGCACCCUGGAUGUGGUUUUACACGGGGUUCUUAUAUCCUUCAAACAUUCAGGUACAACACGAUUUGACUAAUCACUAACACCCACACUACCGAUUGCUAAUCAUAGGAAAACUUUGCAAAGCAACUAUAUUUCUGCAGCAUUCUUGCUGCUUGUCUAUUGAUCCAGACGUCCCUGGAGUCAGUCUUGCUAUAGUUACUUAUCUAUGAUGCCAGACGACGUUGGGAGGGUUUCAAAGAUGUGUCAGAGGGGCUAGGAUGCUGGCGUUAUCUUGGUUGUCCAGGGGUAUCCUUUAUCCUUCAUGGACAGCUCUAAGCUUCCAAGAAGCAAAGUCCUUAUUUCCAGGGCCAGGCUGUCCUUUAGUUUGUUUUACUUAAGCAUGAACGAUACCAAAGUCUCCAGUAAAAUUCCGCUACCUCAUUAUAUCACAGUGUAUAAUGUGAACUAAUAUAUAUAUUAACAAAGUUAAUACACUUUCAUACUAUAAAGACUGAUUGAUAUAAUAGUUAGGAAAGUGAAUUUUUCAUAACAUGCCCUAUAGCUUCCUUCCUGUCUGAACAGUGAAGCUUCCUUUCAGAGGAAACCGGUGUGUUGGAGUAGAUGGUGCCCACCACAUCCUGUCCUAAUGCGUACUCAGGACAUAACAUAUAGAUGACAUUUAGACCUAUAUGUGUAACCACAGUAGUAUUUCAGAGGCUUGCAAGAAAAUAUAAUGGUCAUAUUGAAAACAAGCCCCUAACCAUUCCAAAAGACAUUGAUCUUCAUCUGGAAACAAAGUCUGUGACUGAAAGGGACACUAUAGCAUUGCAUUAUUUUCCUGAAUAUCAGUGGCUGGUGGAUUUCACUGCUGCAGCUACAGUUGUGUAUGUGGUGACUGAAGCCUAUUGCAGUAUCAUGAAGCCCUCACAAGAAAUGAAUAUCAGUGUAGUGUGGUGUCUGCUUGUCUUGGCCUUUGCAGUUAAGAUACUGUUUUCGUUGACCGCCCAUUAUUUCAUAGUAGAGGAUGGAGGUGAAAGAUCAGUCUGUGUUACCUUUGGCUUCUUCUUCUUUGUGAAAGCAAUGGUAAUCCUGAUUGUGACAGAAAGCUAUCUAGAGUUUGGACUCGAAUCAGGAUUCUCAAAUUUUUCAGAAAGUGCUAUGCAGUUUCUUGAAAAGCAGGGUUUGGAAUCCCGGGGUCCUGUGUCUAAACUAACCUUCAAAUUGUUCCUGGCUGUUCUGUGUUCACUUAUUGGUGCUUUUUUGACAUUCCCUGGCUUGCGACUGGCUCAAAUGCAUCUGGAUGCUCUGAAUUUAGCAACAGAAAAAAUAACACAAACAUUGCUACAUAUAAACUUCUUGGCUCCUUUACUUAUGGUUCUACUGUGGGUAAAACCAAUCACUAAGGACUACAUUAUGAACCCACCUUUGGGCAAAGAGAGCGUACCUUUAAUGUCAGAAGAUACAUUUGACACCAUGCGGUUGUGGAUUAUAAUCCUUUUGUGUGCUUUACGGUUGGCUAUGAUGCGCAGUCACUUACAGGCCUAUCUGAAUUUAGCCCAAAAAUGCAUGGAUCAGAUGAAAAAGGAAGCCGGCAGAAUAAGUACAAUUGAUUUACAAAAAAUGGUGGCUCGGGUAUUCUAUUAUCUUUGUGUAAUUGCACUGCAGUAUGUUGCACCAUUGGUAAUGGUCCUUCACACAACUCUGCUUUUGAAAACACUAGGUAAUUAUUCCUGGGGCAUCUACCCAGAAUCUAAUUCUGACACUGCAGUAGAAAACAAUCCGCUUCCCAGUUCACUUUAUUCUGAGUCUCCAUCUGUCAAUGGAAAGAUGAAAGUAACUGUAGUGCAAAUAACAAUGGCUUUGGGAAGCCUAAAGAAUAUUUUCACUCCUCUCCUAUUCCGAGGACUCUUGUCUUUCCUCACCUGGUGGAUUGCUGCUUGCCUCUUUUCCACAAGCCUCUUUGGGCUUUUCUAUCACCAGUACCUGACUGUGGCAUAAACCGAUCAACUGACAAAGCAAGUAUGAGGUCAAAUUCUAGAUACAAACCCAAGUACCCAAGAGGAGAUGAAGAAAAAACUAUAUAUGAAGAAAAAACAUAUCAGCAUUUAUUCUUAAACACUUAUUCUGUUUUCUCAGGGUGAAUAUUCUUAUAAUUUUUAAAAUCGCAACUGGAUUUGUUACUUUUUGUUACUGAAAUGGUAGGUAACUAAUUGAAUUAUGGUACUGGGAUUGACUGACAGGGAUAUAUGUGUAUCUAGUAAUUUCAAGAUCCCUUUUGAAAUGAAAAAUUUUUUUUUGACAGUUCACUUGAAAGGGCUAUUUGGUUUUGGUGCCUCUAUAAAGGUACUUACCUAUAUUAAAAAAGCUGUUAAUCUUGAUGUUUCUGCUCUGUCAGAUCAUCAUCUUUUGCCAGUCUAAUCUGUGUUAAAUUGGCCAUAUAGUAAUAACUAAUAACUUUUGACUUCAGAAAUAGAUUUUCUGUAUAAUAAAGCAGAUAUAGUAAGGAGGAGCAAAGCAUUAACUUUAUAAGUUUUGUUUAGUUGGAAGGAUAGAUCCUAAGUAUAAAAACAUUGUUAAGCAAACUAAAAUGUCAAUUUUUCAUGAUUCAUGUAAUCAGAAAACAGGAAUGGGAAUUUAUAUGCAGUAGCUUUUUUUAAAAGUUAAUAUUACAUUGUAAAGAGCAUUCUCAGUGUUUAACUAAUAUUAGCUAUUUUUACGUUAUUGGUUUUUUACUCUUGAAUUUCUGUAAAGCUUUGGCAUAUAAUAGGCAUUUAUAAAUGGAAAAGCUUAACAAAUAUUUAAUCCAUUGCAAACUACCAUAUGGGAAAGCAAACUGUCAGUGAAUGCAGAAAAUUAAAGAUUUAAGCUGGUGAUAAACUGUCUUGCUACAUUGAAUGUUUUUAAAGUUAUUUAUUAGUUUAUUAAGUUGCACUUACUGAUACAAGGAAUAUACACCAGCUUGUACCUUCUGCAUGCAUUUGGGAUAUCUGAGAAUACCUUGCAUGAUUCUAGCAGUUUCAUUGCAGUAUACUAUUUCAGUGCUACUGGUACUGUAAGCUUUGUUUUUUUCACACCACCUUUUUGUAACUAAUGGUGACAGACGCUCAACUGUGUGAAUUGGCCUAAAGAAUAUUUGACUUCAUAGAUUCAGAUCUUGAAACAUUCCUAGGAAAUGUCAUUCGGACCAAUAGAAUGUCACAAUAUGACAGGUCCAGCAAUACUGGACCCACUUUCUGUUAGUUUGAGAUAUGUGAUUAGUAAUGGAAUUAAUAAGGCCAGCUUUUAAGUUAUAGUUAGAUUUCCAUGGUUAAUGUUUCAUACAGGAAAAUAAUAAAAGAUAGUGCAGUUUCUUGUGAACUUGGCCCAAGAAGCUCAUUAGACAGAUGUAACCUGUUAUUGCAAUCUGAAGGAUAGAAAUGAACUUAGAUAUUGGAGAAAGCUUCAAAAUAAUGCUAAGUGACAGAGUUUCUGUUGCCAUAGAUGUUUAUUUUAAAAGUUCGUAACUGAAAGUGAGCUAUAGUUAUAUAAAAUUUAAUUCAGCACAGGUAAUUGAUUCUGUGUGUGGUUGAGCUUCACAGAGCUUUUGAUAAGUAGUACACUGUCUUAUUCUUCAGAGGUCACACAUCAAGAUCAACACUUCUGGCUAUUGCUGCUUCAUUGUUUCACAGAACUGAACAGUUGACCUUCUGGUCAGCAGUUUGAUCUGAGUGGGAAAUGAUCUUUCUUUGGAUUAAUUUAAUCAUUACAUGAGUCCAGGAGGCUUAUUUAAAAACUAAAAUAUAGCAGUAAAUAUCUUUGAAAUGUGUGGUGACACAGGAACUAGAGAGAGCAUAUUGCUAUAGUGGUGAGCAAUGCUUUUUACAACUACCUGAUAUACUAAAAAGUGACUUGUAAAGAAAAAUAGCAGGCUUCAUAGUCCUGACUUCCACGUAUAUUAUGUAAGCUUCAAAGAAGUAUCUGCUCACUUGUUCCUUUAAAGCAGCAGCUGGCAAAUGCUUUUUCUUUCUUGAAGAGCUUUAUCAGCACUAGGAAAAAAAAGUAGCUCACAGAAAUAGAAAAGCAGGUAAAACCUGACUGAGAGGUUACUAGUUUUUAUUCAGAAUUCUUAAGUAUUUGUCUUGCUUUUUCCUCACUACUUAAUUUCUGAGAAUUUUUAGAAGAAAAAAUGCCUUUGACAAAGAAUCAACAUUUCUGUCUGUCUGUCUUUCUGUCUUCCUCCAUUUCACCCUCCUUUUCUCACUCUAGUAAUGGGACUUGUUAUCCUGAUGUUUUUUUCCUAUCCGCAGCUUUUUCCCUAAGUUAAGAACUAAUGUGUUUAGAAUUGACCCAGCCAAAAUAGUUCAGGCUUGGGGGUUUUGGGUUUGUUUUUUUUUCAUUGUUUUGGUUUAAAUCCAUUUGUCUGUGAAGGAUUAGUUCCUUUAAAUAGAUUAAAUAACUUUGAAUUGCAGCUGAAAUACAAUUGUUAUUGGUUGUUUAAGCACUGCACUUUUAUUAUAGAAGUCUCUUUAGACAAAACAUUAGGAUAGUGAUAAAUCCAAGUAUUCCAGCACGAUUCAGGGAAGUCAAAAUAUAACACUUUGGCUAUUUCUGAGCUUAGAGAAGUUGAUUAGGAAACGGAGAAGGGAUUGUAACAAGUCUAUUCUACUUUGCAGGCAAUAUUCUCAGGCAGAACUUGUCCUCUUUUGAUACCUUACCAAGCUUUAGGAUUUCCUAGGUGUUGAAGGGGCUCUGGUAAUUUCAGCUGCAGUUUUUUUCUCUUUCUGACUUCUCUUGCAUAAGAAUCAACAGGUAAAGUAUCAAGAAAAACAGGUAGUAUCAGUGCAAGAGAACAUCCUUGUACAGAAGGCCAUGCUUUAAAAAAUUCAUUUCUAUGGCAGUUGUUCUUCAGCUUCUUUUAGUCACAAAUACUGGAAGACGUGAGCAGAGAUGCAUGUUUUCCCAGAUUAUAAAGUCAAACUCACCUAUGAACAAAAAAGCCAUCAAAAUACAUCAAUAUUGCAAUUAGCUAGCAUAACUUCAGUGUAUAUGUAAUAUGGUUAGUUAGUACAGAAAUUCCAACUAACCUCAAAGGAACAAUUUAAAGUUUCGCACUUUGUCACAGUAACUACAGCUAACUGGUAAUAGACGUCUUGGAUUUAAUGCAUAGAAAACAUAAAAGUAUUGAAUCCUGAAACCUAUUAUUUAAGUCUCAUAGAAAUGCUGGAAGGCUCUACAAGAUAGGCCUUAUAACUAUUUAUUCUCCAAGGCCCCUGUUUUCCAUUUGAACAUUAACUUGUUUUUCCUGAUAAGUUUUUGAACAGUUUUGAAACACUGUCCUUCAUGUUUUGGCAUAUGAUGCAAUUUGUGUGUUUAUUUGUUAUCCAGAAAAACUCUAAAUUUAACCCACAGUUAAUUUUGUCCCUACAAAGUUACUAGAAUGUUUUGCCUAAGAUUGAAGAAUUAAGCGCACAGUGAAAAUAAAAAAUGUUGAAUGAAAAUAAGGCCCCAAAAAUUGUGUGUUCUGUUGGGGAAAUCUUUCUAUUAUGGCUGAGUAAAAUCUUAAUAGCAGAAGGCAACAGCAGGUUGCUUGUAUCCUAAAUCAAAUAUUAAAGGUGAAUGUUUACCAUAAUGAGUAAGCCUCUUAUUUUCAGCAUCUGCAGCCUAAAUCUUAAAUCCCAAAUGAUAAAUUAAGAGCAAUAUUUUGACCUUACUGAUAUUUACUCUAAAGAGCAUAUAGGCAACAAGUAUUGUAGCUAAAUGCUAGAUCUUGUUAAGCAAGCUGAUAUAGUCAGUCUAUACUUCAGAGUGACAUUUGAGCAACUUUUACUUUAGACAGAUCUGACAUGCUUUGUGGCUUUGGCAAUGCAUGUACUGAAAUUGAUGGCAUAUCUAAUCUUCAUUCCUGAUACUAGACUGAAAACAAUCUGGGAGGUGGGGGAGUGAAUGUGAUUCACAGACUCAGGAACAAAAGUGAUGAGUUGAGGUUUGUUCUGUGUAAUCUGGGAUAAGUGGGACCAAACACUAUAAAACUGCAGGGAGGAAUGUUUGUGGGGUUUUGUUGGAUUUGUUUUUCAUAUGAAAAGCUGUGGAGGAUUUAAGCACUAGAAAAAUUACUUCUAGAGGGAAACAUAAAAAGAACUCUGCAGAGUGUCAAGAGAAGAUUCAGAAGUUAAAAUACCUUAAUGUGGAAUAAAAACUGCAUAGGGAAGGACUCUAAUCUUAAAGGAAGACAGAACAGGAACCAGUGACUAGAACCCAACACUAGAUAAAUUACAGUAGUGGAAAAUACACUGUUUUAACAGAGUGAGUAACAAAUUAAAUUACAACCUGAAGUGGUGAAUUCUUCACUGGGUUGUUUUCAGACAUUCUUUUUAUAAGCUGCUAUUGGUAAGCAAAUUACUGGUCUCAGUAAAAGGAUGAUCAGUGAAAAUGUACGUGGACUUAUUGGUCACUAUUCUAUGAUAUUCUUUUGAAUUUCAGCCCUGAGGAAGAACCCAGCCAGCUUUUUGCAUUCCACCAGGAAAUUUAAAUCUCCUGCUAUGUGUAUUUUGCUUAUUACCUCCUUAAGCCACUGAAACUUUUAUCCCUGACAGUAAUGUUAAUGAUUGACACCUAGUUUUCGAAGAUGAGUAAAACUGACAGCUAUUUUGUAUUUUGCUUGUGUGUGGAUAGAGUAACUUAAAUAAGUCCAAUAACUCCGUUCUCUAAGAACAUGUUCAGUGGUGCCAACGUCUGAGUUGAUCACUAAUUGUGUUUAAAUUGUUCUUAAGCCCUCCCACAUGUGAUAGCAUUAAAAUGUUUGACUGCAAAGAAAAGCUAGAAAAAGUAAGCAGGAUGAUAAAAGUGAAGGAAACAGGUAGCAAAUAACUAAACCACUGUUUAAUUUAGUUUUAUUCUAAAGAUCAAAAUUUUUGAACAUUGAAAAGAUGCUGAAUCUAACUCCAUAUCAACAGUAGAGUCAGAACUUUACUCUUAAAAAGUUAGAAGUGUAAGUCUUUGAAAUGUUAUGAACUUUUUUUUUAAAAUGUUGAUUUUAUGAUUUCAACUUAUCAGUUGGACUCUCUC